GCUUUCAGUGCGUUGUCAACGCUGCAUGCAGAUAAAACGUGAAGAGAAGCGUAAUGGAGCUGUUUUUCGCAUAGUAGAGAGAGAAAUCCACUCACAGUCCAGUCACACACAAGAUGCGGCGAGGAAGCAUGUCUCAUCCUCCUCAAUGUGAGUAAUUCAUGCCAACACCCAUUUGUCUAUCCAUCCACACAUCCAUAAUGUCCGUCUCUCUGUCUCUCUUAUCUUUAGUAUCAGACCUGAAUAUUAUGCUGUUGGGUCUGACUGGAGCAGGGAAAAGUGCAUCAGGAAACACCAUCCUAGGUGGAGACAGAAAAACAUUAGAAGAACGUAAUUAUUUUACGUCUGAGACCAAAAUUUGUGCACCAGCACAUACAGUGGUGGACGGACAAACUAUCACUGUGAUCGACACUGUGGGACUCUCUGAUACAGCUGUGAAGAUUACAGAUGUUCAGACCCAAAUAGAGCAGAUAAUGCAGAAUACACCACUCGAUGUGUUUCUGCUGGUGAUCAAACUGGGUGAGACAAAGGAGAAACGUGAACCUGUGAAAUGGAUCCAGGAGAACUUUGGAGCAAAGGUCUUAAAACGCACAAUAGUGCUCUUCACUCAUGGAGAUGAGUUAGGUGUGUCAAUAGAAGAUCAUCUGGGAGAAUGUCAAACACUGUGGUCAGUAGUUGAUCAGUGUUCAGGAGCAUUUCAUGUUUUUAACAACAAAGAUGAAGAUCGAACUCAAGUCACUGAGCUUCUGGAAAAGAUUGAGUUUCUGAGGAGGACGAAUGGAUACAGGAGAUACACUGAGCAGGACUUUAAGAAGACUCAGAAAGAUCUCUGGCUCAAGAAAUGUGACAUCUUCAUAGUAGCAAUAGCAUUAGGAGCAGCAGCAGUCAUUUUAGCUGGAGCAGCAUUAAGAGGAGGAGAAGGUGUAUUAGGAGGAGCAGAUGUAUUAAGAGCUGCAGGAGUAGGAGAAGCAGCUACGAUGAUGGCUUCAGUUGCACCACGUACAGGACCAGCAGCAUUACUAGGAGCAGCAGGAGGUGCAGCUCUCCUGGCAGUAGCAGCUUGUGCUGGACUGUAUUUUUUGGCAAGAAAAUAUCUCUCUAGAGAAAAUGAUAAAAGUGACUAAAAUACUCUAGCAUCAUGCUGUAUAUAGCAUGAGUAGAACAAGCACAUUUGAAAUAAAU